UGAUUUCCAGAUCAUCACAUUCUGUUUUUAUUGAUUUCUUUUACUGGUUGUAGGGUCCUACACUGAAAAAUAGAGGCCACAGAGGACCUUACCUUAAAGUGUCAUGCUCGAGUCAGUGGCGAAGUUGAAAGGUACAACAGACAGUUUCCUCCUCCUCUCUCACCUGGUACACAGCAGCAAUGCUUCAGUUUAUGACUUUGCCUUUGUCUUUCUUUAUGGCUGGUUUGCUCUCAGAGACUCUGUGCUCUUUAACUGUGGAGGUGGAAGCUGGAGAUAACGCCACUGUUUGGUGCCAACAUGAGCUGAGUGUUACAGGUUCCAUCUUCUGGUAUAAACACACGAGUGGUUCAGUUCCACUUCUUCUUGGGUGUAAACAGUUUUUUGCGUCUCGUCCAUCAGAGAAUUGUGAGUUGUUUACUGAAAGUGAGAGAAUAGUGAUGUCUGUUCAUGAGAAAAACACGUCUCUCACCAUCACCGCAGUAAAUGUCUCUGAUACAGGACUGUAUUACUGCAGCUUCAUGGAACAGGUCAUGAUGGCCUUCAGCAACUCGACCUUUUUACAUGUGAAAGAUGGAAAUAAAACAAAUAAGAACUCAGAGAGAACAAAAGGUUCAGUCUGUUCUCCUGUGUUCUUCGUGCUGACUGUGGUGUUCGGUGCAGUGACUGUGAUUCUUCUCAGUGUCCUGAUCUUCUUCAUACUGAAGCACAGAGAAACACACAGAGGUGAUAACGCUGAUAAACAUGAUGAUGAGGAGCAGGAGGCUGAUUCAGUGAAUUACGCUGCUCUACAGUUCUCUAAGAGGAAAACCAGAAAGACAGGCGGACAUGGUGAAAUUCUGGAUCCACAUGUUGUAUAUUCGGCUAUCAGAUAAUAAUAUUGUGGUAACAUGCUGACAUAAUAUCACAUAUAAUUUAUUGUUUAUUGUUUGUGAUGUUUUCUGCUUUUCAUCACAACAGAAAAUACACAGUAUGUAAGAAGAAUUACACUGGAGAUCUAUAAUAGAUUUGCAUUAAUAAACCUUAUGUAUAUCUCA